AGUUUUAUUAAGUUUCAUGAAAAUUACAUAAAUGAUUUUAUUUAUCUACUUAUUUAAAAUUUGGAUUUUUGUUAUACUAUGUUUUAGGGUAUUUUAUUGUGAUUCCAAAAAUUUCUGCAGUUUUAAAUUUUGUAACAACACUAAAGAACACAUCUUAUGUAAAUUUCAGUCACCAGGUCCUGCGAGUUCUUGUAUUAAUUAUAAACAAUUAUUCACUACGGAACAAGAGAAAAAAGAUUUGUUAAACAAAAUUAACAGCCGAAGAAAUAAAGUUGCGUCGGGAGAAAUCCGCUCUUUACCAGCGGCGGAAAAUAUGGUAAAAUUGCAAUGGAAUAAAUAUUUGGAAGUAUCAGCUCAGCGAUGGGCAGAUCAGUGUGUGAAAAGUGGUUUGUAUGACGGAACAGACUCGUGUAGAGAUCUAGAGUAUAUGCAAGUGGGACAAAAUAUUGCUACAAUAUACGAUGAGGCGCCGGGACUGACCGUAACUUCAAUGAUUGAUUUGUGGUUUGUGGAGCUACUUAACAUGAAUGCAUCAAUUUUGUCACAUUACAUACCAUCUUCACUCACAGGAAUGCAACAUUAUGAUUACUUCACGCAACUUGUGUGGGCCAGCACAACUCAAGUGGGCUGCGGUGGAGUUAAAUUUAAAGAAAUAGGCAUGGAGUCUGGCUCUUUGCAAAACAGAACAGUCAGUAGGUUGGUAUGUAAUUUUGCACCGGCUGGCAAUCAGUUCGAUAAAUCUGUAUAUAAUUUUGGCUCACCGAGCACUCGAUGUGAUUUUGGACGCAAUUGUGAUUCCGAAUAUACAUAUUUAUGUUCAGCUUCAAGACUGACUUCUACUGUUAAUGAAAUUUUAAAUUAUGACGAAAAUACUAAAAAUCCACAAAAUGCAAUAAGUAAUAUAAAUUUUGGUACCAUUAGCAAUGUACCAGAAUGGUCUAAAAAUACUAAUUUUGUCAUAAAUUCAGAUAUUGAACAUACAAUGCCUACAACGAAAGUAGUCGAAAGUAUUGAUACACAGUUUGAUUUCUUUUCUGAUCUAUUUGAUAUGACUAAGCAAUCUCUGUUGCAAACGGAACAAAGUACUACCAAAUGUAAAGAAGUUUUGGCAGUAGACGAAUUUAUUGAAUUAUUAAAAAGUAGAAUCAGUAACGAUAACAUAUUGAAAGAUUUUUUGCUAUCAACAACUAGACUGCCAAACCCCGAGCCUAUGCUCUCAGAUGGAACUGUAGCAGCUAUAAUAAAACAGUUAUAUAGCAAAAAAGAAUCACCUACAACAAGUAAAUUACCAGAGAAUGAUAGUUUAAAUUCAACACUUUUGGUUGAUUUAGUAGAAGCGGUCAUAUUUAGACACAGUGAUAAAUAUACAAGUACCGAAGACACCAAACUACUCACCCCAAUUGUUUCUGAAGUAAGACCUGUCAAAAUACAAGCAGAACUCGGAGAAGUUAAAUCCAAUAAUGAGUUUACAGGACACUAUUUUUUUCCUGAAGAAGAAGGAGAUCAAACAGAAAAGGAAACAGCUGACUUAUAUGACGAAAUCAUUCCGACAUCCGAAAUAUCAUUAGAAAUCGAAGAAUUAAAAAGACACCCUGGUACGAAGGAUUUCUUAGAAGAAAUUCUUGAAUCGGAUUUUAUUACAGAAGACACUAUGAGGGAUAAUAUUUUAUCAACUGUAAAUAAUCCAAAUGAUGGACCAAUAUAGGGAAUCUUUCAUUUAAGCAAUAUAAAAGACUGAAAAGA